AUGAACAAUUUGAAGCCAUCCCAAUUGGAUAUCAAAAGAAACUACUGAAAAAAUAAAAGGAAAAAUUUUGGAAAUCAAUCCGCCAAAUAAUAUGAGCCAAGUUGUUCAAAAUAAUAUCAUCAAAUCUCUCGAUAAACUAAAAAAGGAAAUUAAGAUUCAUAAUGAAGAUAUUGCUACAAAACAGCUAACGCUAAAUAAAACUGCUAGUUAUUGUCAACAAGUGGUAGAAAAAGUAAAGGGAAUCUUUCAAGAAAAUAAAUUGGCUUCAGACUUGAUCAUUGAGUGUGAAGAUAAAAUUAAUGGCACUAUGUCAUUGAUAAAAGAAAAUAGAGAGAAAAAUAUUUUGCCUAAAAGUGAAAACAAGCCAGAUUCGAGAGAUACACAAUCAUUUUAUAACAAAUUUGAAAGAGAAAACAGAUUUGGGCUUUCUAUAUCUAAUCAAGAGCAAGAAGAAGCUAAGCUAUCAGAGUCGAAUGAUAGAACAUCUAAUCAAAUAAAAAGAAUUUCGGAUAACAAAGCACAAUUUUUAAUUUGGAGCUCUCUUGAGUUAAGAGUAAAAGGAUAUGAGUCUAUUUUACUGCAAGAAAAGAAAAAAUUAACAGAAAAUUUCCAAAAGUAUUGAAAUUCAUCAGUUAGUACCAAACAUCAGGACUGAUGAAUAGAGUUAAAAACUCAAAAUAAUAUUGAAUAUCAGAUGACCAGCGCAACUGUCAUUCCAUUUAAUGAACAGUUGAGAAUUCAAUACCUCGAUAAUGAGUAUAAAGAAUUAGUUUCAAAUGCUGGUAAAGAACUUACAGAAGCUUGCACAAAAUACAAGAACCAGCAUUUCAGACUUAGGACAGGAUUAGCAACUGUUUUUCCUGCAGGAAAUUUAGAGUUCAACAACAUAAUAGCAGCUGUACCUCCAAUUACUAAUAACGAAAGUGUACCUCAACUACUUGAGAAAGUUAUUCUUUCAAUUCUUGACAUUAUGCUUGACCAUGAAUUUCAAUCUAUAAUGAUUCCAACUUUCUGUACUGAAGACUCUGAAAUCUCAGAGGAACAAUAUAUUGCAAUCUUACUAAAGACACUCAAAGAAUACAUAGAUGAAAAUGAGCAAGAAAUGAGAGGAAAAAGAAUAGGUAGAUUUUAGUCAUUUCAUAGUUUACAUGGCAAUUUCUAAAAUAUUAAUAUAGUGAUAUGAUUUAAAACAUUGCCUCUCCCAGAAAGAGAUGAGCAAUUAGAUUCAUUAGUGAAGAAAUAUUCCAAAAGAGUCCUAAAGAUAGAGAAAACUAAAAUUCAAAGAGAAGAUAAGGGUAUAGAAUCAUCAAAGGGUGAAAAAUACUAUCAAGACUCAAGAGAGGAAACAAAGGAUGAGAAAGUAGAGCUCUCAAACUGUGAUUCUCCAAUACCUUCAAAACAAGCCGACGAUCUUGAAAAUCAAAUAAUUCUCCUUCAAGAGAAAAAGCAACAAUUACAAGAACAAAUUACCUCACUAAAGAGUGAAAUAAGCCAACUGGAACAGAAGAAAAAAUUUAUAUUAGAAGAGUCCUUCAACGAAACUACAAGAGACCGCAGAGAUCAAGAAGAUCUAGACCAAGAUCCAAAAGCUGAUAUCUCCGCAACUACUGGCAAUGAAUAUCUUCAAAAGGAAAAUAUCGAGUUAGAACAUAACUGCGAGGAACUAAAAGAAAAAUAUUUAAAAUUAAAAGCAAAGAAAAAAGAAAUUAAAAAGAAAAAUAUAGAACUUGAGAAUAAAAAUACAGAGCUUAAGAACACUAAUGCCCAAUUAGAAAAGCAGAUCGAGAAAGAUAUUGAAGAAUAUAAUGAGCUUGUCAAGCGAUAUGAGAAAUAUAGAAACAGAUGUCGAGCAUAUAAAUCAAAGGAAGAAAGUAAAGGAAUUCCAAAAGUUCCAAGAAAACUUAGCAGGGACCAUUCUCACCCUCCUGUACUCUAAUUAUA